CCGGUAUCGAUAGGGCCCAAUGACGGGGGCAUAGCUCUCGCCGUGUGGUGGUGGAGGGCGGUCCGCGACACCCCACGUCGAGUGCAGUGCUGGAGCUGGUCGUCACAGGUAGGCAUUGGCCAAGCGUGCAACAGACAUUCUGCAUUUCUGCCUUUUUGAGACCUAAGUCCAGCAGCACACUCGCGUCAAUUGUGCCGUUCGCCUUUCACAGUGCGUCGCCGAAGAAGAAGAAGAAGACCAUUGGAUCCAAACUCCCGUCAGGCAUCGCCCCAGGUCGUUUUCAAAAUCAUCCACGAGCAUCGAACGCACCAUAUCCAACUACCAAACGUACCCGCAUACUCGAAAAGAAAUGGCCGAUAGAGGGGGAGGUCAUCACCGUGGCGGCGGCGGCCGAGGAGGCGGUGACAGGGGCCACUCGCGAGGAGGCGGCGGUCGGGGAGGUCGUGGCGGUGGUGGCAGAGGAGGCGGCGGCGCGGGCGGCGACAACCAGGAGCGCGAACGGCCGAAGAAGGAGAACAUCCUGGACCUUGGAAAGUACAUGGACAAGAAGAUCACAGUCAAGUUCAAUGGCGGGCGGGAAGUGACCGGCACACUCAAGGGCUACGACGCGCUCAUGAACCUCGUCCUCGACGAUGUGGAGGAGUCGUUACAAGACGACGAAGGAAACACAAAGACGAGACAGCUCGGCCUCGUCGUGGCUCGCGGCACGCUGCUGGUCGUCAUCAGCCCGCUCGACGGAAGUGAGCAGAUUGAGAACCCGUUCCUGCAACAGCAGGACGAUGAUUGAAAAGAAGGUUCAUGGCGUCACCACCUAUCAGAGCAGAAGCACCGCGCGCCAUGGGGAAGACGAAACGCCGAUUACCCAGGUGGUUGGCUGGUUUGCUCCAGACCAUGCUUCUCGUCACAGCAGAGAGCUGCCGAGCUGGGGCAGCGGACCUUGGACUUGUCUGCGAUUAAGCGCUAGAAAGGUCUGUGGCUGUAGCCUUUAUUGACGAUGCGGCGGAUUGAGAUUUGGGCCCGGACCGGACUUAUUGGGAACAGCGUGGGUGACAUGGUAAAUAUAUGAAGCAGUUCGGCAUCAAAGCCGGGCACAGAUGAUAGCAAGAGCCAAAACCAUACUCUUCAGGUGUCCCUCAAAUCAGGUCACGGGUCAGUCAAACAACGAAUAGAUCCUCUGGUUUUAUGAUA